AUGUGGCCCUCACCCGAACAACUCGGCAUUUGUUCAGGUCAAUCAUCUACUUUCAUCCCAGCGCCACGUCAGGGUGAACCUGACUUGAGGUCGCUAUGUGGCACGCCCAUCAAAGUCCGGGCGCAAUGUAUCUUCGUGCCUUGCACGGCAGGUGAAGAUGACGCGAUCGUGGCGGUCAAACAACAGCAGGCGGUUCCGUCGCAGUGGGAGCAGUGGGUGGGCUCCGUCGUGGGAUGGUUCACGAAUGUGCUCCACGUCGGAGGCCCGAAGGACGAAAUCGUCCUGAGUCUGGAGGAAUUCACGCAGCUGCGGGACCACCUGCUGCGAAUGCAAGGCUACAUCAAGGAAGCCGAAGAUCGGGCAGAGCAGGCGGAAGCGCUUCUGGUCCUCACCCGAAGGCGCCACAAGCAGGCAAAGAGAGGGGGCACUGGAAGUUCUAAGAGCUACUUCAUGUACAAGUCGGUCAUGGAGAUGGAUGAGCUCUGUGCCCACCUGGACUUCGUUUCGCAGGAGCUCUUCCGCCGCCACGGCAGCGAGGCGCGCCAGGUGGCGGAAGCGGUGCAGCUCAUCCAGCGUAUCGGCGAGGGCCUAGCCUGGGCGUACGGGCAGCCCCACCGCGAGAUUGGCGAGGCGUUCGCCCAGCCCUUCGUUGACCGGCGCAUCCGGGACCGGCUGAGAGACCUGCUCUUCACGCAGCAUCCUCACUUGCAGGCGCAGGUACUGCAGACCAUCCACAUCUUGCUGGCAGCAACGCCGGCCGAAUCGCUUUUCUUCUGCAACCUCACCGCUGGCUUCUACCUGAAUGAAGUGGUGACUGCCAGCUUCGACUUCCGGCAGAACGAGGACUUGCUCCCCCUCUGGAUAACCGUUGUCAAAGACAUCGCCACCAUGAUGAGCGAGGAGAACCUCAUGCUGUUCUUCAACCCCUACUCCGAGAAGCCCUUCCCCUUCUUCUCGCAGAGUGCGAAGUACUACCACCAUCCCUCAGCCCAGGUGCGAACGCAUGUGCAAGCGACUUCGCUGGAGAUCUUUUCGAAGCUGAAGAUCGCGGACUCUUGGAGCAAUUCUCUCUUCGAGUUGGUGGUGGCAGACUCGAAGAUCCUCUUCACACACGUGUGCUGUCUUCUCAGAGACUUCUGGCGCAUGGCUGACGAGACGAUCCGCUCGAGCAUCUGGCGAGACAUGAAGAACGCCUUCAGCUUGCAGAACGACAUCCUGGAGUACAUCAAUGAUGUCUUCGCCUCUGAUGUGAAUCAGCUGAGUGCGAUUCUUCAGGAGCGGCUCCUCCGAUUUGCGGUGCUCCCGGUGCUGCUGGGAUCAGCGCUCCAGGCGCAACAGCAGCCUCUGCUCACCCAGGAGGCGUCGUGGUAUCUGCUGGGCGACCUCCUGACAACCCUCAGGAGCCACCACGUCCGAACGGUGCUGGCUACCACACUGCUACGGCCCCAUGUGACCGAAGAGAUCUUGCAGCUGGUGGUGUCCCCGCCGCCCAACACACCAGCGGCCUACUUCCAUUUGCAGAGGUCCUGGGGAGGAACACCACAGCGGAGCUACUUUGAUAAGCAGGAGUCUACCGCCGACCACCAGACGCUGUACGAGCCGGUGUUUAUCCCGGUGGUGGCGCCCGGCGAGUCCUCGGGGAAGCCUCUCCACCGGAACAGCCUCCUGGAGGCCCUGGAGCUCCGCCUCCGUGAGCUUUGCCGCUCCGGGCGCGCACAGGAGGCGGUUUGCGCCUUCAGCACCCUGGAGAUGUCGCUACAGGCCCUCCGCUCUGCCGGGGAGCCGCUGGAUCUUAGUGUGGCCGAGCGCCUCGGCAACUGCCUCGCCAGCUGCUUGGCGAGGCAAGGCUCGCUGAGCUUCGUCCUCUGCCUGUCUUGCCUCCGGGCCCUCAGCGAACUCUUCGCUGCGGGCGGUAGCAAGGUCAGGCAAGCCCUCAGCCCGAUGCUGAGGGACAAGCUCUUGGCGCCGUUUGCGGAUGAGCUCCUUCAUGAGGCGAAGCUCCAAUGCCUGGACAUCCAAGCCCAAGGCUCCUGGCUCCAGGACUUCCAGCAGCAGUGGCAUACCUCUGCGCAGGAUCUCUCGGCGCUGUCGGAGAAGCCACGGAGUCAGAUCCUGCCAGAGCCUGGUGCCGCGCCUGAGGCUUCUGCGGCUCUGCCGGCUCGGGCCAAAAGCAGCGGAAACCUGUGGAGGCUUCUUCUGUCGCUUCACCGACUGGUUGCUGGGAAGGGCACCAUGGAAAUGCCGGGCCUGGAGGAGGGCGAGCGCGAUGAGCUGCUGCGCUAUCAGCCCGGUGUUGCAGUCCUCGUAGGGAAGAUGAACCGCGUGAAGUGCACGGUGCAAGGGCUGUGUCUGGAGGAUGGGCGCGAGGAGAAUCUUUAUCUCAUGCCCUCAGCGCAUACGCUCCUCCUGGCGAGACCCGACACUCUGAAGGCCUUGAACGCCGAGCCCGUCAUCGCCGAACCUCUGCGGCUAGUGGUCCUUCACACGGGCGACGAGAACGCGAAGGCGCCGGGAAGCUUCUGGGGCAACACCGAGGAGCCCUCCUUGCGCAUGAAGGUUUUUGCGCCGCGCUCUCCUGCCUUGCGGAAGCUGGCAGGCUUGCGCGGCGCCAAGCAGCCUUCGGGCGGCUAUCCUCGUGAUGGGUCGACCAGCGGGACUUUGCCUCCUGCAGAGGAGUCGGUGGAAGUUGUUCUGGUCUUCCCCGAUGAGAAGCGGAAGAACAUCGCCUGGAAGCUCUUGUCGCAGGCCCAUUCGCAGCUGAUGCACCGCCUCUUCAACAGCGUUCUGAGCUUUCUGACCACGGUGAGGGGACUCGCGGUGGCCAAGCCCAAAGUGGCGGGGCUUGCCAACGAAGACUGUGAAGGUCCGGGCGUCAGCCUUCGACACCUCGUUUUCCGGUGGAGACCUUUGGGUCAGUGGAGUCCAUUUCCAGGCUUCCUGGGUUCAGAUGUCGAGUUGAGACCCAGUGCCGACCGAGGGAAGAAGAUGCAGCUGCUGGUGAAGUAUGUCGGCGAAACGGAGAAGGAGCGGGAUGCUCUGAAGAAAGAGCGGGACGCGCUGAAGAAGGAGUUGGAGGAGAAGGAGGCGUUGCUUCGCAAGUACAAACAGGCUGCGAAGUCUUUCAAGGCCACGCUAUCGGGGUCGGCUCUUGGGUGUGGCAGGGUGGCUUGGGAUAGGAAGCUCUGA